AUGAUGGCACUGGGUGGUAGGGACGGGCCAGACAGGCCAGACGAGUCCGUCCACAGGGAUUACCCCACCGCGGAUGGUCUUCACCAUGGCGCUGAUAUGAACCCCGCUGAUGUGAACGAUAACUACGACGUGUGUGAUGACAGCGAGGGUUAUGAAGACUACAAAGGAAUCAGCUACGGCAUGCUUUUGAAAAAAGUGGUGCGGAGGUCCAUAAAUGACUGGAGUCUCUUUUGUGAUCGAGUGGAUAACGACAAUGGAGGCAAUUGUGAUUAUCUUAGAAGUGCCCUCAUUCAGUACUGCAGGCACAUGAGGGAGUGCUUCCUAAAGCUCCUGGAGCUAAAUACAUUCAGAAGAAACUAUAAAGACAUUAAUGAUAUAAUUAAACUGAUUUUAGAAUAUAAAGAAAAUAACAGAGAACUGAAAACCAAGUACCAGUAUGAAUUAUAUUUGUGCAAAGUAAGAAUAAUGGACCUCCAAAUUAACGAAAGUAAUAUCCUUUGUGCUAUGGAUUUAUUGUCCACAGGCAAGUACACGAGGUUCCCUCUUCUCUUCAAGGAGAUCUUAACCAACCCAACAGAUUCUUUCAUUCCAAAUUUAGAUGUGAAUCAAAUAAACAUAUUGAAAAAAAGAAUCGUGGAUGAAUUUUUAAUUAAUUAUUAUUCUUCCAGGAUACCUAAGGAUAAAGUAAAUUUUAUAUUUGCAGACGGGUUCAUAGAGUUAGAUGUGGUUAACGAAGUAAAGGUUUCUCUUAUCACGGACUUUGUUACAUGGAGUAUUGUUAAGGCAGACAUUUCCUUUCUACGCCACAUGAAUUUGCACGCGUCCCAUAAUUUGAACCUCAUCAGUUUGGUCACCUAUGGCGUUGUGCAGAAAAUGAGCGAACUGGCUGGAGCGCAGCAGAUGAGAGGAGUCGCCUCCUCAGAGCAGAUGCGUGAGGGGGAUACCCCCUCCGAACAUAGUGACAGGGAGAGUUCCCACAACGACGAGUUUUUGCUAAGCAUAGAAGGAAGAACCCAUCACAACGACAAACAAGCACGCGUGGACGAAAUGCGGCAUGGCCGUAUGAACCCCAUCGAGCAGCACUACCACAGAGAAAGAGAAAAAAGGACACAAGCAGAGGAAACACUACCGCUGGCAGAUGUGCUCUACGAAAUAUACAAAAUCAGUCACUUCUAUUGUAGUGUACAAAUAAUGGAAUUUUUUAAAGGCUGUAUAAAUCAGUAUAAUACAUUUAACUACGCAGCGAAGAAAGUUUUUAUUUAUAAAUAUUUUUCAAAUAGGACAGUAGAGAUGACUCCCUCCUGUUACAACUACAGUCUGAGUGAUAAAGAUGCAUCUCUACACCUAGACAUUCAUUUGUAUGAGUGCGAACUGAGUAAGGGAAUGUACGAGUGGUUUGAAAAAAUCCCCCUACUUGACCAAUAUACCAAAAAAAAAAUGAUUCUUAAAUUUGUCUUAAAUAAUGAAACUGGGAACAUAAAUGUAUUUUUGUGGCCAUUUAGUUUUUUUAAAAAAAGGAAAAAGGAAAAUUUCCGCACGGAUGAAAUUUUGACCUUUUAUGAGUUGCUCUACUGUGAUAUAUUACAGAGCAGGAUGAAGAAGCUGUUUAAGUUUGACCCAGCUGAUAUUCACUUAGAGAGUUGGUUCACUCGAGUGGCCAAUUGCGUCACGCGUUUUUUGUUUUCCAUUUUGAAGGCAUUUAGUUCAGUCGGGGGGGAAGUACUCCACGGCUUAGGUAGCAUGGAUCACACCUGGAGCAGCGAGACCUCCUUCCAAAACAAAGCAAUUGGUGUGCAUGAGUUGAUACAAGAUUAUUUCUUCCAUUUGGGUUACAUACGUGGGGAGCUGCGUUGUGAGGACGAGGGGGUGGACAGCCUAACGGGGCGCCUCACCCCACAGGGGGGCGAAAACUACGCGCAGCGAUGUGAAAACAAUGCGCAGCGAAGCGAAAACGGUGUAGGGGAAGACGCACAAGUACGCAUGACGACCCUACAAAACCGCAUCAAAACAGUCCUCAUGAGGAAGAAAAAUGGAGACUUUUGCCUUCUAAGGUACACAUUCUACGAACAGAAAAUCGACCUCUUCUUAAGUAAGCAAAGUGAAAAGUUCACCUUCAUGUGUCAUUGGAAAAGCAAAACGUUUGUAGACAUGAUCAGUCUCCACUACGACCUUAAGCUGGUCAUAUACGUGGUGUACCUACUGAAGAGAUUCUCCUUAUAUGUGUACAUGUACCACGAGUUGCAAGAAAGAUUUCUCCAAGUGAAGGCAGGAAAGGUCUUCAACUACGACCUAGACGAGGAGCAAUUUUGUCCUAAUUUUUUUGUACACAAAUUGAAACUUCAUGACCUUUUAAAAAAAUACAACUACUCAUCAAACAUUGUGUUGACAAAAUUCCUUCAGAGUUUUUUUUCCUUUAUCGAUUUUUAUUUUUAUCUUCCGUGUGGUGAGGAGGUGGAGGGGGCAUACGGGUCAACCCAUGGGAGGGGAGCAUUUGAGCAGGCUCUCCGGAAAUUGAUCCCUGGGGGGGGGAGAGUUCACAAGUCACGCGAUUGGUCUCACUCGAAGGGGAGUGUUCACAUAGGAGGAAGCACACCCAACGAGUUAAAUCGCUUUGGCAGUUUGGAAUGGAUUAAUCUUGGAGAGUCCCGUUUUAGCAGCACCGCCCCCCGGCGGCAAUCAUGGGGUAGUGGAUAUGAGGAGACCGCCCACGAGGGGACGAGGGCAGCCCCACACAAAGACCCCUUCCGGCAGAAUUUCUUCUCAGUACUAUACUUCACCAUCUACACAUAUAACCACACACCCCUGUUGCUAAUCCUGCUGAUCGAAAAGGAUUGCAUACACAAAACGUAUAUUGUUAUAUGUGGAAGUAACACAGUAGCUUCUGGGACAGACGCUGUACUAGGCGAACAAGGGAAGAACAAGAAGAGACACUUCUUUACCAUUCCACUAAUACAUAGGAGCUACCCCAUUGUACAUAACCUAGAAGAUUAUCUGAACGGUCUACGAGAUCUGGUCAACCGAUUUUCAAAUUUAUUUUCCACGUUGGAGAAACUGCUACAGAUGAACGCGCGAUGUCCCGUUUUUUGUAGUCGAUUUUGCGUAGCCCCGUACAAGGGUGGCGCAUCGAGAUUGGGUACAGGGGACACACGUCAGGACAGUGAGCUCACGCUUAAACUCGCCUCCGACCAGAUGUACGCCCAACUGAGGGAAGAGGAGAAAAAGGGUUUCCUCGACCUUCAAUACUUCGUAAGUAAGAACCAGUCCAGGCGGUUUGCUCGCAGCGCAAGCGGUGACGUCGCUGCAGACGUUGCGAACCUGAGCGAAGCGAACGCAGAAGAUCUCGCCAAGGAGAAAUACCCAGUGGACUACAUCAGCAACUACUUGCUCCACUUGGAAUGCGAGCUGGACGAGGAGCACUACUUGAACAAGGAAUUUGUGAACAACAAUGAAGAAAGCGAGUACCCCAUUCGGAUCAAGGUGAACACCUAUGGGUCCUUUUUUUUUGAAGUCCCCGUUCGGCAGAAAAAACUCCUUAAGAUAAGGGACUUGGAUUUGAACAGAAGCAGAGAGGAGGUUUCUUUUUUGUGCUCCAACGUAGCGAUAAAUGUGAAGGUAGAGCGGCUUGGAGAGCAAGGGGCGGACGCGACCUCUGACGACUGGGUGCAAAUGAAAACAAUGUACCUACUACUCAAGGACGACUGUUCUUCAACGAACAUUCUUCACCUCUUUUCAGUCAUGAGCAAAAUAUUUUCCGUGUGGAAUUUCUUCCAGGAAUUGUACUAUCUUGAACAAAUCAUGUCCCCUGAUAUUUCCAUCCGCAGCUGCCAUUUGGCUAAUAUCAUUGUUGAUUAUAACUGUGGUGUUAACAAACAGAUUGCUUGUUCUGUCGUGUUAGACGUUCUUAGUGGUGGCGAUAUAACAUCAGGACAGCUCGACAAUCCACCUGGGGGAUCGUUUCUCAUAGGUGCAUAUAAUAGCAGAGAGCAUUUUUCAAAAGGACUAGGGGAAGGAGACCCAGACAACAUAACGUCCAAAGACGGGAUAAAACAAAUGAGCGAUGAAGAAGACGCAUUGGAAAAAUUACUUUUCUUCAACAUCGCCUUUAACUCCCCCUUUGAAUGUAUUAAUAAAUUAUUUUCUCGAGAAAAAAAAAAGCUCUUCUUGUACUUGAAAAAAAAAAAAAGUAUUUUCAGCUUGCUCAGAUUUAUUUUCUUAACCUUUGAAUUUCAUUAUAACUUUUAUACUCUAAUUAACAGGACAAGUGAGCAUUUGAGGAAGAUCCCUUUUUUGCAUCCAGUAGACCUCUUGCACGAUGUUGAAUUUGAGUAUGUGAACCUCAUGACUGUUAUGUUAACAUUAAAAUGUUUUAGUAACGACAAGGGGGUGCUGUCCUUUUAUUUGAUUUUGCACCCUGAGCAUUUCUCCAAAGUUGUGAUCAUCCCGCAUUACAGGGGUACCUCCUUGGGUACACGAUAUCAGAGGAGGGAAGUGUCCAUUAAAAAUUUCUUCAAAAGGGGGAAGCGCCAGGGGGGACUUUCUCCUCGAUGGGGUGAUGAAGAAAAGGAUGUGAAUGAGGAGAGAGCGGGGGUUAUACAGCCACGACAAGGGUCUGCAAAAAAUAUUUCCAGGAUGAGCGUGUCGUUUCCUCAUUUGGUAAAUGAGAAGGGUAACCAGUGGGGAGGUCAAUAUGGAGUCUCACCCAAGAAGAGAUCAUGGGAUUACUCCAACCAACACGACACAACGAUAGCGGACGCAAGUCUGGCCCAAAGCGGAGAACCGCUCAACACACAGCAAAGCGGCAUACUCAUUGACCACCUAGAUGAGGAAGACCUAUUCGUUUAUCUCUUUUCCCAUUUUUGCGACAUUUUAAAUUUAAAGAAAGUUCACCAGUCUACCAUCUACACUCCGGGUGGAGAUGUGCAAAGUGGUCAUGUACAUUCACCACAAGAGAGCAGCAGUCACUCACUGGACGGAACAGAACAUGUCUCAUUUGGAGAUAGCGCGAACGAGAACGAUCUCAAAAUUUUCGAAGAGUACGACGUGUUUAUAUUAAAUAUAAAAUAUUUGUUUAAAAUGAAAAACCAAAUUGUCCUGUCACAGGUUUUUUUCUUCCCUCCAUUUUUUCUGUACACCACCCUCUACCCUUUUGUGGAAUUUUUGAAGACACUAAAAUGUUGGUUUGUCUUGUUGGAUCAACUGAGACUUCACCAUUCCGAUAUUACCUUGAUGUGGUCCGAGAUAGGCGACGUUUUUCAGCACGUAACUGCGGUUAGGAAAAGGUGCGCUUCGCCGAUCCCCCCCGAGGGUCACACACAAGGUCCCCGCCAGGAGGACGAAAUAGUUGUGCACUUCGUGUGGUUCCUCUACAGCACCAAAGAUUUGUACAUCGACAUGGCGUCCCUUGGUGAGGGAAAAAGGUACAAGAGGAGUUAUGCGGCCCUUUUGGGUGACCCCAAGGAGGUGAAUCAGGAGGAUUUGUUUGAGAGGGAUGACGGAAACAGCGCUUAUGGAAAUCGAGGUGAGCAUAAAAAGGUAAAGAGGCCAGAGGGGGAUGGGCAGCACAGCACGACAGAUCAUUUGUGGUGGGACAACCACACAAUUAGUCAAUCCAAAUCGGAUGAAAUACAAAACGUGAAAUGGGAAAUCGGAGGAGACAAUUUUGUAGCAAAAAAAUGGACACACACAACGAAUUAUCUGAGCACCCCCUUUCACAUGAACCCAACAAACACAGACAAAUUAAAAAAUAUGAUCAACGCAUAUUCUCACAUGAACGAUGAUAUUUUUUUAAAAAAAAAAACUCAGAAAAUAUGGUUGGGGGAGAAUUUUAUCCAGAGAGCUUAUGCCCUGCGGAUUUUGGAGUCCAAAAAUGAGGACCCCCCAUAUAAAGAAGGGACAGGAUGGAAUCCUUUAACGGAGGAAGGAAAGAAUGAUAAUGUUGGGAACCAUAACUGGUAUGACAUACUUAUGAAGAUGAACCCAUACAAAGAAACGACCAAUCUAAAGGAACCACAAAACGAUUUUGAAAAUAUGUUUUUUUUUAAUGAAGAAAAAAUGCUAAUGGGAGACAUGAAGAAUGCGAAAAAUUCUUCCUCCUCAGCAGAAAACAUAUACAAAGGGGAUAUGCAUUACUGGACCAAUUCAGUGUGCAUAUAUUUUGAAAAUGUGGGGGAGACUGUGGAUGAGGAGGAUUGCUGGUUUUAUCGUAGUAGGGCAAAGGUGCCCACACGGGAAGGGCAAGUAGGUAACCACGGUGAGGUGAAAAAUCAAACGAGGAAAUUUAUCCUGGAGGAACAAAACGUACUGAAAGAAAACUCCAAAAUUAAUUCAGCCUUGAAUAUAAUUUACAACUAUGCUAGAAUAUGGCUCCUCAAAAUGAAUCACUCCAGCGUUAUUUCGUUUUUUCGCAUCAUGAUUGAGACAUUGGUUGAUAAAAAGAAUAUAUGUGAGUUGUCUUCUCUCUUGUUUAACUCAGUUUUGUCUUAUCGAGAGCAUAUAACCUUUUGGAUGCUUCCAACCAGAGAAGGUGUAUCAAUGCCAUUCGUUGAAAUGGAGUUUGUAGCUGAUGGGAUCCAUGACCACCAGGUUACUUCGGUGGGUGAAAAAAAAGAGACUUCCAUUUUGCACAAUAAAUGGAUUGAACUGGUUGUUCCCGUGGAAGAAGCGGUGUAUGAUGGUUAUCUCAUGGAGGGAGAAAACACUAACAGAGGGGUUAUGGCUAACCUGGAUGGUGGGCAGACCCAUACAGGUGGCGAUUUGCCUACUCCCAGCGGAGGGAACCAAAUUAUCACCACGGGAGGUGAUGACGGCAAGAGAGGGAAGUGGCAUCCCACCCCUGCAACAGAAAAAACGAUUAAGAUAAAGUACAAAAUGUGGAGAUACAUGCCAUCCCCUUUUAAAAAAAAAAAGUUCGCACAGGAGGUUAAAGACAUUAUGGUGGGAACCAACGAAAGCGUGACGCUCACGUUUAAAAUAUCAUCAGAGCUGCCAAUUAAAAACUUAAAGGAGGUGCACAUAAAUGACGAACCGUUCGUGAAAUUUCUGGUGAGGCACAAAAUCGACUUAAAUGUUGCUCACCAGAGGGUCAUGACCAUUUUGCAGAAAUACAACCUGAUGGCAAACUACUCAUUCGUUGCCACGCAGACCGUCCUCCACAGCAGCACCUUCGAACUGUUGCUCAAGGGGGGGAACAACGACAGCGGGUGA